AUGUCGAAAAACAACACCGGACUCUACUUGGGUCUCGCCGCCUUCGGAGCAGGCGGAUACUAUCUCUACCGGGGAGGAGGGAGUGCAAAGGCUGCCAAGGAAGAAGCGAAGACCGACGCAAACAGAGUAAAAUCCAACAUCCCACGCGGCGAAAAAGCCGAAAACCUAGGCGAACGGGUUGGUCUUGAAGCAAACGCACAGAUCGAGGAGGCUGUUGACAACGCCCGCACAAAAGCGAAGGCGGACGAGCGAAUCCCCGAAAUCGCGCAAGAAAGCAUCAACAAGAUCGAUGAGAUACGACAGGAUGCAGCGGGGAAGCUGGGCUCGGGGGUAGAGAAGUUGGAUAAGGGGGUUGAGAAGUUUGAUCGCGAGGUGGAGAAGAAGGCGGCGGAGGCGAAGGGGACUGUGCAGGGGUGGUUUGGGAAGUAG